GAAUUUUUGUCACGCUGGCGCUACUGUACUCCCUGGGCAGCGCUCUCUCAGAGAGGAAAAGUGAUUGAAAUGCAGCGCUGGAUAUGCAGGUAACUUGUAACAUCUUACAGAAGUUGCACCCAGGGGUGUACAUUUUCAGUUCGAUUAAAUGGCCUGCAUGAGGCAGUCUUAAUUCUCUAGCCUGGAGGACAAAACACCAGAAACUGAGCGACACUGGUCGCCGAGCAGCAACAGCGUGUAGGCCUAGUCGGCAUGCUUGCCAAACCGCCAGUGCCGGGUCAAUCGCCGCGAUGGCCGGGCGUAGUAGCGGCCUUGUUUUACGGUGUGUUGUCUGGCUCCAUGUCAUUUGUUAACAAGGCCGUGUUGACCAUGCUGGGAUUCCAUUUCCCGUGCUUCUUGAUGCUGUGCCAGAUGCUCUUCACAGCAGCUCUGCUGAGAUGUCUCGGUGCUCUUGGCCGUGUUUCUCUCCCACUUGCCACCCUUGCUAAUCUUCGGCUGUGCUGGCUGCCGUCUUUCUUUGGACUGUUCCACUCGGUCCUGUCUCUGCAAGCCCUGGAUGGCAUGAACGUAGCCAUGUACACCAUCCUCAAACGUUGCGUGCCUCUAGUGACACUGCUGCUGGCACCGUGCUUGCCCACAAAGGGGGCCCCGAGUCUGUUUGUCGUUGUGUCCAUCGCGGUGAUGACCUUGGGUUGUGUAUUCACAGGACUUGGGGACUUGACCUUUGACCUGGCUGCGUACACAUUCGGCCUGCUGAGCGUUUUUUCCCAGGCCCUCUACCUGACUUUAGUGCAAAGCCUGAGCCUGCAGGAGAACACGCUGUCGGCUGCCGGUAUCGCUUACCUCAACAGCCUGAACUGCUUGGUACCCCUUCUCCUCUACACAGCCUACACCUCGGAGUUCGCCCGAGUCUGGGAUUUCCCUGACCUGCAUUCCUCGCGCUUCCUCCUGGCGUUCCUCGUGGUGAUCUCUAUGGGAUGCGCCCUGAACUACUCGGUGUUCCUCUGCACCACCCUGACCUCUGCCCUCACCCUGAGCGUGGUGGGAGUCAUGAAGAGUGUUGUGGUGGUGAUGGUGGGGCUUUUUGUUUUUGGCGGAGUGAAGCUGAGUGUACUAGGUGGGGUAGGCGUGGCCUUGAACACCCUGGGCAGUAGCUUGUACACCUAUGCCAAGUAUCGGGAGAAGACUGGUGUAGCCAUUGAGGCAGAUCACACUUCAACAUCUCAGAACUUAGUUUCAGGUCAGGCUUAGGUUUCAAAUGAGGGUCGUUUGAUCUUCUCCUGAACAGAGCAACUGGUGCCUUCAUAUUAGGCCUUUGAUCACAUCUGAGAAUUCGGUUCCACGUUCAGCAUCUGUAUACUGUUUACUGUUUUAUUAACACGUUAGCACGUUAUAAAGAACAACAUUUGGGUAAAGGGUGAAGCGUGGAUUUGCUUUUGUACCCUAACCUAUUGACAAACAUACAUAUUGUAACAUAUAGAUUAGGCUUCGUGGUGGAAAUGAAAAUCAUCAGAUUAUGGACCUGAAAACUGGCGUUGUGAACCUUGUACAGGCAUCCACGUCUGUGACCUUGUUUCACAUGCAGCUGAGGUUUGCCUUGGUGGAAUGGAUUCAGAAGGUCAUCUGAUUAUGGAUGCCAGGACUUUGCUGUAUUGGUGGACCAGAACAGACAUGUAGUAACACCCUCAGCAAGGGUCAGAGUCAAAUUAAAAUUGACGGGAUUCGGGAUGCAAUGGAGGAUGUAGGAAGCAUCGUGUGAUCAAUAUCAAAGUGGUUUUCAGCAGAAUGUGCACAAACACAAGCCAGUGUUUUUGGAUGAGAGAUGUGCAAUGACUUUCAACUACGUGUAAACUCAGGACACCGUGUGUUGCCAAACUUCAUUUACUGUGUGGUCAAAAUGUUUCUUCUGGCAGUUGCUACAUACAUGGAAACUCUACUCACACAGUGAUCAAAAGACAAGAAGUGGAUAGUAUAUUUAACUCACAGAAACGACAGUACAUGUACAUAUAAAUUCUCUUUCUUUUGGGGGCAUCAAAACUUUUAAACAAGUACUGUAUGCAAUAUUUUAAGUUACCUUGUCUGUACAAAAGCUUUGCAUGUGUUCAGAAAUGUCUAAUGAUAUUUGAUUUUUAUCUGGAAUGUAUGGUGUACACGUACAUGUAGGCGCGUGCUUUGCAAUAACUGUAUAUCUAUGGAUGUAGAUAAUGUGUAUCUUUUUAUCAAUCAACCAUGUCUGUUCAUAAACAUUAUAAGAUUGCAGUGGGUGCUUUCAUAAUGCAGUAUCUGACAUAUGUUGGUACUUACAAUAAGCACUGCACAUGUAUAUGUAGUACCUGUGUAUUGUGUAAGAUUGACCUUGCCUCUAGUGUUGAGCUGAGUGUGGUAAUUGUGAGCCCAGUCCCAAGAGAAUUCAAGCUUUGAUUGGAGAUUUAUCCCCCCCAUCAACACACUUAUCAAAGCAGUGAUCAAGCUUUGCACAGUAUUAAAUUGACUAAGCAUCAGGGAUGUUAAUUAAUGCAUUAAUCACUUGAUAUGUAAACACACAUGAUUUUCCUUAUUUGUUCCACGGAUGUGUACGCUCGUUCAAGAAAUCUUUUUUCAUUUCUGCAGUUAACAUACUAACGCAUCGUGCUUGGUUAAAGGCAGUUGCAAGGUUGAAGAAUUUACGGGUACGAAAACCUGCCCCCAGCAAGUUUUUUGGGGUCAGAAAAUCUGACAUUAAAUAGCUACCUGUAUUUUGGGCCUUGCAUCUUACACCAAAACAACACCUCAAUUCUCAGCCUUGUCCAGACGUUGCUAAUACACGUACAUGUAAAUUACAACCUGGCUGGUUGGCAUGGAAUCACUUCCCCCCCCCCAUUGGUUGCUCCAUGCCCUUUUUUUCUGCAAUAAAAAAUUAUAAGUGUUGUAAAGACA